UUGAGCACACGCUGUCGGGAUGAGCUGAUGUGAGCGUUGCAUCCAGUGCGCGGCGGUGAUGCUCCGGUAUAAAACAGCCCGCUGUAUUUCGGCACAGAGGGGGACGCAUCAGUUUAACCCUCGGCUCUGCCCUCCGGACUCGCCCCUUCAGUCUCCAGCCUAGAUAACUUGAGGUGAUGUGCGCUCCUAUUGGGAGGAAUCCUGCCGCACGAUAUUGCUGAGGAUCUCUCUGUUCGUUUUUUUUGCCUUUAACUUCGAUGGCUUGAGUGGCCCAUUUGCACUCAUGCUCGCAGCCGAGGAGGGAUGUAAGGUACGGGCCAUCCACCGCCCUCACAUUGCACGGAGUAGCGGCGUGAUUCAGGUUGCUGUCUGAGAGCCAAUAAGAAGAAGAAGAAGAAGAAGAAGAAGAAAAAAAACUACUUUCGAGAUGUGAAUUGUCGAGAUUUGCUACUCAUUCCGCCGGCUCGCCUGUCCUAUGCUAUCGAUAACGGGAUCUCAAGAGGAAAAGGAUUGUGGCGUAAACUACUUCUGGAGACGCUCGUCACAGACAUCGCCGCUGAACUGGCCAGGGUGGAUGGUUAUUUCCCAAACAGUUCAAGCCUAUGCCUACUGCGUCCGUUUGUUGGAAUCGCCGCCUACUAUCUUCGAGAACAGCGCAAGAGGAAUGCUGGUCCGAGAUCUAAUGCCAUUCACUUUAAGUUUUUGGCCUUUUUUCCUCGGUCAUUGCCUUCUCUCAUUGUUUUUACUCUCAUGCCAGGGAGAACUCCAGAGGUCAUGCUCACGGACGGUGGCGGAGAAAGUUAGCGAAGAGUGCCAGCUGGCAUGCCACUGUAGGAGAUACCCUCCCCUUCCUCCUCCACCGCCUCCGCCGCCUCCCCCGCGGCUACUGGGCAUCACAGUGGCAGCGACCGAGGUGCCCUUGCUGAGGCCAUGGUGGAUGGAGAUGGACAUUGUAGUGCUGGGAACGGUGGGCUGUGCAUCAGUUGUCUUCCUGCUCUCAGCCAUCAUCAUCUGCUACAAGGCCAUCAAGAGAGUCCGCAGCACCAGGGAGGCUGGUGUGUGCGAGCGCAGAGAAGAGGAUUCAGACACACGCUGCGUUUCAGUGUUGCUGUGCCAUGCGAAGCAAAAAGACAUGAUGCUGCAGUCCAGGCUGUCAGCCAUCCGAGGAGCCAAAACAAACAAAACUCCAACCAACUCACUAAUGGCGCUAGAAGCUUUUCCCAAUCACUCACCGCUCCGGGAGGCUUGUCCAAAGACAGACAAUCCAUCCCAGCUGCUCCUCUCCAAGGGCAAGUAUAUCCAAAAUGCUCAACACCAGAGACGCAAUAAUGAAAGGAAAACAUUUGUCAGGCAAAGUGGUUUAUAAUCCAGUAUUUACUAGUACAUAAUUAAUCUCUGUUUAAUUUUCCAAAUAGACUUUUACAGUUUGUUUUUAACGUGUUUUCAUUAAACCAUAGCAUGUUACGCUAAUUUCCAGAUGGCAGGAGUAAUUGUAAACAGCUCAACACAUGUCCCAAUUUCACCACGAUCCUUUUCCCCAAACUUCAAACAGGGAUGUGCGCUGUGAUUGCACAGCUUUGAUAUGAAAUAUUCAUCUAACCUGUGAAAUGUUGUGUUGCCACCUGCCAUGUGUCAACAGCAUGGCAUCUAUUAUUAAAAGAGCAGGGUAGAGGUCGGCUUGAGGCCCCAGUGCUCUGCCCUGUGUGGUGGCCCACGGCAACAUGGUCAGUCUGAGAAGAGAUCACGUCCCCGGGAGAAACGAACAGGGCCGAAGCACCUUCCAGCAGGCUGCACGUCGCCAUUGUCGGACCUCCUUUGUAGAAAACACAGCAGAUGAAACACCGAUGCGUCAAAAAAAUGCAAAAUUGAAAUAAUGAGUCGGCUGCAAGCACAUUGCAUAACUUUAAACGGAAUCAACACCAAUUACUUUCUGUCGAAGAAUUCCCAGACUGGCCGCUCACCCUGCCAUCUGUGCCUUAGAGAAAGCUUUGGUCUAUCCCAAUUCCCCCAGCUGCAUCAGCCAAUCGUCUCCCCCGCAGCACAAUGUGUUUCCACCCUGGGGCUGGUCACUUUCUAUUCUGAGGUUUUCCGUGGGUCCCUCAAGGGACUCGGGGAAGCACAAUAUGUCCUCAAAUCGCCGUCACGGAUCCCUAGUGUCUUGAGAGAUAUAACCUUUCCCAGCUGACGCAGUCCCACAGGAAGUCUUAGUCACUGCCUGACGUCUUGUUUACAACUUUGUUCAAGAGCCACAAGCCCCCAAACAACCUCAACAACUUUGGAUUGUCUGUUGUUCAACAGUUAUUUAUAAUCGGCCUAUGAACAUAGAAACGCAAAUCAUAUCAACGAGAUUGUAUAAUAUAAAGUGUACAAAGUUAAGUAAGAGUUUGUAUUAUCUACAUACUUUUAAUAUAUUGAAUAACUUUAUAACAGGGUUAGGGUUAGGGAUGUGUUUAGUCUAGAGAUGUGUUUGCAGCUCUGUGAGGCCUUAUUAGACGCUAACUAAAGCUAACGUUAGCAUGUUCCCACGCUCACUGUGGCAAGUCUACCUCUGAUGCCUUCUUAUCUAUCGUCUUUACUCUGAUGUUGAACAAGUGUCAAUUUUAACAAUAUUGCCAUGUCUGUUUAGUAUGCUAACCUGCUAACAUGUGCUAAUCCAAAUAGCACAGCGGUAAUGAGUGGUAAUGCCAUUCAUUCGUAAUAAAUACAAACACAAUUUCAAACACAUUGGAUCAGCCGGUAAGAUUCCUCCUCUGGGGAUCAUGAAUGCGUUCACAUUUUAAUUUUAAUUUCCAAAGUAGUAGACUGACAGACAGAUUGGAAAUUGCCAUCCUCAUUGCUAUCAUAGCUAAAGAGGAGGAGGCCUAUUGACAGUGACGGUUAAUCAUUGAGAUCCCGGUGUGAUGUAUUUUUCAGACGAAAGCUUUAAAGCCUGGCGAAGACUCUGACAGUGACUUUUUUGACAGAUUCAAUUAUCUUUAACCCGGGAGGUUGAGCGGUUGACGUGGUUCAGGGGGCUGAAAUGACAGCUGAAAACAGCCAAGACAGGAAUGGUUUUCUAACCUGAGAGCAACAAGAUGGUUGAAUAACAGGUGUGUCAGAAUCACAUGGGCUAAUGUUUAAUAGAGCGACAAAAUAAUAAAGUAGACAAAUUGAGUUGAGAGCCGAGAAAUGCGUCAAUUGAGCAUACGCUGGAAAAAUACACAUAAUUGUAUUAUAUCCUCAAGUAAAUGUCACAAAAACACAUUUUAUAUAACAUAAAUUGAAAGACUUGACAUCCGCUGUCCUUUUUUAUUUUACAUUCUUGGUUUAUGAUACACAUGGGUGUAAGGACUUUAAUGCAAUUCAAAGUGUGAAGCACAAUAAUGCAAUUAUGAAGCUCACAAUGCAUUAUGCAUUUUCUUCUGAGGUUUGAAUAUAAGGGUUUAUUGGAAUGGCUGUAAUGUUUUUUUCGUGGGAGAGAAGAGAGAAGCUAAGAUGUCCCUCAAGGGUCCUCCAUGGCAAUGAAGGCAUAGUACAGUUUUGAGUGGAACAAUGACUGUACUAACUGUAUUGAGAUCUGUCUCCGAGUUACAUAAGCCCGAGCAGGAGAGAGCAGAUGAGGGGGUCGGUGCAGAAGCCACAGUACACUGGACAAAUAUAAUAACCACAAAGGCACCAAAGGAGUGCAUGAAAAGGGCUGUAUUGAAUGAUCCUGCUCUUCACAGGCCAGUCGCAGCAAGGGGAUCAUGUCUUGCAGCUUUAUUUUGCACUGGAACGUCCUAAUAGAAAGGACACAGUGCUACAGCGCAAACCAGUGUUGAGAGGAGGUUAUGUAUUCAGGGUAUUCCAAAGUUUAUUUAACGGCCGUACACACACUCACUACUUAGAUGGAAGAUCGCCUGCUAGUCAGAGGAGGUCAUUGCUUUAUCCCUUGUGUUUCUUGGAUGUAUCUUUUCCCCCACUGUGACCUUUGCACAUUGAGCAGCCAGAGAAAUCAUGUCAGCCUAAAGGUUACAAGUCUAUGAGGACUAAUGUAAUUUAAUUAUGAAAAUGUUUAUAU